UCUUAUGUUUUGGUUAAACCAAAACCAAAAACAUGGCUUCUCUCCCCCCUCCCACCACGACGGCCGCCUCCUCGGCCACUGCCACCACCUCUUCCACCCUCUUUUCUUCUCUUUUUAUCAAGAAAACAUUGCAAGUUCCCACCAUUACUAGAAACCACAAGUAUUCCUUUAAGGUCUCAUGCAAAUUAACCAAAGACAAUGAGACAAAUGGAGAGAUUUCCCAAGGGAAGUUUGAUAGGAGGGAUGUGCUUAUCGGGUUGGGCGGGCUAUACGGUGCCGCGGGUUUGGUAGCUGACCCGUUAGCACUUGCUGCUCCGAUUUCUGCCCCAAAUAUCAACACAUGUGGGGCGGCGGACUUGCCCGCUGGGGCAAGGCAGACAAACUGUUGCCCGCCCAAGUCAACCCAGAUCGUCGAUUUCAAGUUCCCUCCGCUGCCAAAUGCUAUGAGGGUUCGACCCGCUGCCCAUUUAGCCGAUGCGAACUACGUAGCUAAGUUCAACAAAGCCCUUCAACUCAUGAGGGACUUGCCCGACUCCGACCCGCGUAGCUUCAAACAACAAGCUGCAAUCCACUGUGCGUAUUGCGAUGGAGCUUAUCAUCAAGUCGGGUUUCCGAAUCUGGAUCUUCAAGUGCAUGGUGGAUGGCUCUUUUUCCCCUUCCAUAGGUGGUACCUUUAUUUCUUUGAAAGGAUUUUGGGAAAAUUGAUUGAUGACCCGACUUUCACUAUGCCAUUUUGGAACUGGGACUCUCCUGCCGGCAUGAAAAUGCCCGGUUUAUACACCAGCCCGAAAUCGCCCUUCUACGACGCGCUUCGCGACGCGAACCACCAACCGCCCACCGUGAUCGACCUCGACUACAACGGGAAGGACACGAGCGAAACGGAUCAAGCAAAAAUAAGCAGCAACCUCAAUGUCAUGUACAGGCAAGUGGUGUCCAGUGGGAAGACACCUUCGCUUUUCAUGGGGAGCGCUUACCGGGCGGGCGAUGACCCGGAUCCUGGAGCCGGGUCACUCGAGAAUAUUCCUCAUGGGCCAGUUCAUAUAUGGUGCGGCGAUCCGAACCAGCCCAAUUUGGAGGAUAUGGGCAAUUUCUAUUCUGCCGGGUUUGACCCGAUUUUCUUUGCCCAUCACUCGAAUGUGGAUCGGAUGUGGUCCAUAUGGAAAACCCUUGGAGGAAAACGGCAGGAUUUUACGGAUCCAGAUUGGUUAAAUUCCAGCUUCGUCUUCUACGACGAGAAUGCUAAUCUCACAAGAGUGCAAGUCAAAGACUGUCUAGACACCACGAAGCUCGGUUACGUUUACCAAGAUGUGGACAUCCCCUGGCUCACCACCAAGCCCACACCCCGUACCUCCUCGAUCUUUAAAAAGGUCAAGAACGCCGUGUCCGCCAUCGGAGCGGCGAAGGCGGCGGAAGAAGUGCCCUCCGCCGCCGUGGUGUUCCCCGGGAAGCUCGACAAGACGGUGAAAGUGAUCGUGCCGAGGCCGAGGAAGUCGAGGAGCAAGAAGGAGAAGGAGGACGAGGAGGAGGUGCUGGUGAUCGAAGGGAUAGAGGUGUCUAGAGACGUCUUCGUGAAGUUCGACGUCUUUAUCAAUGACGAGGAUGAGACGACGAGUGGGCCCCACAGGACGGAGUUCGCGGGUAGCUUCGUGAACGUGCCGCACAAGCACAAGCAUCAUACGAAGAUCAAGACUAGGUUGAGGCUGGGGAUAAGUGAGCUCUUGGAGGAGUUGGGAGCUGAAGAUGAUGAGAAUGUGUUGGUGACCUUGGUGCCAAAGAUUGGGGCUGGGGAUGUGUCCAUUGAUGGGGUCAGGAUUGAGUUUGAUUAAAAAUAAAUAAAGAACAGUUAUUUGGACCUCCGCACCUCUUUUCUUUUCAAAUCCUGACGGUGUUUCACUCGAUAGUUCUGGUCGAAAAACAAGACAACCGAAUAAAAGUGGGACACACCAGCUGAUCGGAAAUAGUUAUGGUUUGUCCAUGAUUUCCACACCUUUUGUUUGUAAUGUUUUGUUCUCCUUUUUUUCUUUUCAAUUCCUGCAUUUUUUUUUGUUUUCGCAUUUUCAAUCUCUUUUUCUUUCUUUCUGUAAAAGAGACUUCAGAUGUAUGACAAUAAACAAGCUCCUGUUAUGUUUUCCUUUGGUAAAA